UUUGCGGCUCGUGGCGGUCAUCAUCAGUCUGACCGAGCCGAGGAGUGAGCUCCGUGAGCCCGCAGACCGAGCUGCUGCUGUUGGGAAAGGUCGGAGGAUUUACCCGUUUGUCCGGAAACGCGAUUUAAGGCGCAAAAGAAGCAAAUUAAUCGUUUUAAUCCUGAAAAUUCGCUGAUGUGAAGCAGCUGGGACGCUUCAGACCACUGUUGCCUCGUGUCGUGCAUCACAGGAGCCAUUUUACAGGUGGUGGGCGGAGUCUCGGUGGGAGCUGCAGACAUGGAGGGUGACUGCCUUAGCUGUAUGAAGUAUCUGAUGUUUAUCUUCAACUUCUUCAUCUUUCUCGGGGGCUCCUUCCUGCUGGGUGUGGGCGCGUGGGUUCUGGUGGACCCGACGGGCUUCAGGGAGAUCGUAGCAGUUAACCCUCUGCUGUUCAUGGGGGUCUACGUCAUCCUGGCCAUGGGGGCCAUGCUGUUUCUGCUGGGAUUCCUAGGAUGCUGUGGAGCCAUCCGGGAGAACAAAUGUCUUCUUCUGUUUUUCUUCAUGCUGAUCCUCUUCAUCUUCCUGGCGGAGCUGGCUGCUGCCGUCUUGGCAUUCCUCUUCAGGGAGCAUUUAACCAGAGAGUAUUUCUCCAGAGAGCUGAAACGUCACUACCAAGGUCGGAACAACACGGAUGUCUUCACGUCUACGUGGAACGUCAUCAUGACGACGUUCGACUGCUGUGGCGUGAGCGGACCCGAGGACUUUGAUGAGAGCCUCUUCAGGCUCCUCAACCCAAACAAGAUGGUUCCGGAGACCUGCUGCCAGUGGAACAGUUACCUUGGAGACGCAGGUGUGGAGCAGUGCAUGAGUAGCAGCGCAGCGUUCCAACACAACAAGGGCUGCUACUCAGCCAUGGUGGAAUACUUUGAGGCAUACAUCUACUCAGCCGGAGCUCUGGCCAUCGUAGUUCUUGCUGUCGAACUCUUCGCCAUGGUGUUUGCGAUGUGUUUAUUCAGAGGCAUCCAGUAACCACCUCCUCCUCAGCAGGCGGGAUGGAACGGACUGUAAAUACGUGAUUUCUGCUCUGUAGGUUUUUCUCCCUUUGGUUUUGCAAUCAGCAUCAUUUGGUUCAGCUUAAAGGGGACCUAGGCAGUUUUGGCUUGCUUUCAGCACCCUCUAGUGUCAGUUUGUAGAACCGAAAGCAAAAACCUUGCUGUGCGUUCGUCUUUUUUACACCUUAAUCUCACAGCUGAAACGUUUCCCCAACCUUCCUUAGUGUUUACAGAAGCUGUGUUCAUGACAUAAAACAUGCAGGAAACGUGCUGGAACCAGACUGCAGCGCCAGGUAUGUCCGCUCCAUUUUUUUCCCCAACCGAGCGGCCCGCCACUCUGAAGUUGCAAGUUGAAUAUUUUGGCCACAGGGGGCAAUAGGGGCUGAGUGGCCUUUCGUUAACCCAGUAAAGGGUCAUUUUAGAGCAUACUGCCUCUAUAAAAUGAUUUAAAAAUUUGAAAAAGUUGCAAAGUAAAUUUUACUUUUCUAGGUCUGGUUUACUGUUGUCUGCUGUUUCCUUUUAAAGGGACAUUUUAGUCAUUCUGAGGUGUGGUUCUGUGUAAAAGUUACUAAUAACAUUGCCAUUUUAGAUAAUUUCACAAACAGCCUAUGUUCAGAGAAAUGCAUCCAACCAGGAUUUAAGAGAAAAAAACUCUUUCCUCCAUCAACAGUCACAUCUCAGGCUGUGGGAGAAACCGCAGAUGCUAAAACAAUCUUCAUCAUCGCUGUGUACUUGUGUUUUUAACAUCUGGAUCUAACUGCAGGAAUGUCUCCUCGGUUUUUAUUAGUUUCUACAGGAGCAGUUCAUCAUUAAAUCAAAUAAAUCAGCUGUGUUCACGAUCUAAAACAUGCAGGAAUCAUGUCUCUAAAGCCCUUUUCAGAUUGACAUUCUGGAAUAUGUGCGGACAAUUCAGUCCGGUUUUUAACCAGAACUGUGUUUUCAGACACACGACUUUUGUACCGGAACUUGUCCUUUCGGCUGCCUUCACACAGCAGGGAAAAGUUCCAGAUGUCUGAGGGGGAGGGGGUGGGAAGGCUGUACCCGGAUAUUGCGUAAACAUAGUGCGGCGAGCGUGCAUGCAUCAUUUACCCAAACAAAGCCAUUCAGUCAAACAUGGCCGACGAAGAGAUAGAAUUCCUCUCACUGAUCUGACUUGUGUUAAGCAUAAUUCUGCGCACACAAAGACGCAUAAGAGACCUGGAUGAUGAAGCUCAGUGGUUAAUAAAGGAAUCACGGAAGCGGUGUGAAGCGCCCCGUCGCGCGUCUAGGAGACUGUACCGUAGGAGGCGAGCUGCCAUGGUUCGCCGCAUGCUACAGGAGCGAGCUAUCUAGGUGCACACAGCGUCCCCUGGUUCCCUCCUCCCCCUCCUCCCUGUCUGGAACUCGACCUCACCAGUCUGAAGCAGCCACCCUGUCCGUGACGAGUCCGAUCCUGUUACUAGGGGCUUCGUCCGGUUUAAUUACGGAAACGUUUAUCUGGAUGUUUGUAUUCAGACACAAAGGUCUUAAGGACAGCGUCCCGAACAUUUCCGUUUUGCAUGGCCUGUCUGAAGGGGGCUUGAGUUAUUGUGAUUCAGAAAACUCCUCUUGUUUGACAAUUUUUGUAUUUGUUUAGCUUUAUCAGAUGAAUCAUUUCUCUGAGGCUCCAACAUGACAAACAGGUUGUAAUAAAUGCUAACCAGGCAUAGCUCAUCUAUUCUGAGGCGUAAACAUGGAUUGUCAUAAGGUGUGACUGUGAGACUUCAGGGCAGCUAACCGGGUUCCCUGCUCACAAAGGGCAGAGGGGGCUGAGAGACUUUUCCUUCACCCUGUAAAAAGUAAUUUUAGCAACUGUCUCAAAAUUAUUUUAAAAUAUGAAAAAGUUGCUUAAUGCGCCUUUAAUAUCUUCGCUUUGGAUUUACUGUUAAGUGGUGCAAAUAAACUGCUGUGAGAAACCUGACUGAAUGCUGCUCGAAUAAUCGUUUCUACAUCAACUGGCCCAGGAAUAAGUUGAAUAGGGAAGUUGUAAACUCAUCGGUGUUGUCAAACAGGUGCUGAAACCCAAGGUUUGCCCUGACAGCCUGGAUUACUGUCUUCCCCGUAACCGAAAGGUUGCAGGUUUGAGCCCCGCUCAGUCUGUCGCUGUUGUUGUGUCCUUGGGCAAGACACUUGCCUGCUGGUGGUGGUCGGAGGGACCGGUGGCGCCAGUGCUCGGCAGCCUCGCCUCUGUCGGUGCGUUCCAGGGCAGCCCACCAGUGUGUGAAUGUGUGUGUGAAUGGGUGAAUGACUGUGUUGUAAAGCGCCUUGGGGGUUCCAGGACUCUAGAAGGCGCUACAUCAAAUACAGACUAUUUACCAUUUCCCUUUGUCUGAGUUGGGUGGUAUUAUUGACAGAGCUGCAUCAACUCACGUAACACAGAUUAAACAGCUGAACUUAGUUUUCGGUUCAUCUCGCUCCGCCCUCGUGCCAGUUUGUUCUUUGCUUCAUAAAAAUAGUAAAUUCUGAUUUAAAACUGUAAGUUUUCCCCUCUUAGUAAAGCAGUUUUACUACGAAUGCUUUUCGUAUCAGUCAUGAUGCACGUUUACUGUCGUUUUCACAUCUAUCGCGUGCGUCUGCCUGGCUUUUUUUUCUUUUACAUUCCUGCUACGUCUCUCACUAUUAGCUGUGUUUUCACCAUCCUUUCUACACCAAACAUGUCUUGAACACUGAAAUAAGCUUUGGAUCAUGUGUGAAGUGUUUACUCUCAUAAAGCACACAGACUCCAUCAUUCCCUCUCUAAUAUUAUGUUUGCCCUCUGUGAGCUCCGCUCCGCUCUGCUCCUCGCCUCCUCUCCCCAGUCAGGAGCCUCCCGACGGGGGCAGUUUUCACUCUCUAUACUCUGAAAAUUUCAAUAGAUGCGCCCAAAAGUCAGAUUGAAGUUACACAUCUCCACUAUCUUCUAUCAUAUCACAAAGGGUUAAUUUUACAGUUCUCAGUUAUAAUUGAUUUUUAGAAUGUGUUUAUAAUUUAUUAUUUAAUGUACGUACACGAGUGGGAUCAAAUGAAACAUUUAGUUUGAAAUUAUAUUGUGUAUUGUUAUGUCUGUAAUAUAUUUGUGGUUUUGUAAUUGAUUUAUUGCAAUGCCUUGAUUUUAGUGAGGUUAGUGCACAUCAUAGCCAUAAAUGCUUUGAUUCCAAUUAUUGACCAUCGUUUAUUUCGGUAGGUUUUCCUCAUUUUUGGUUUGGGCCAGGAAUUUUCAUUUCGGUGCACCUCUAGUAGAGACUGUAUAUAACUGUUGAACCUGCAGCUGUGAUGGAUUGUGUCGGCAUGGAGGUGUGUUUUUAUUAAAUGAAUCAAUGGACUGCUGCAGAAAGACUGAUGCGAUGUUCUCACACCCACCUUCAAACAGGGGCGUAGAUGCUUCUGGUAAUGUGACUCAGCACAAAGCUGCACAUGAGAUUAGAAUCCAGCUAUUAUUCAGGCACCUGGUUUUACACCAAAUAUUUACCACUGAGGAGUUUCUAUCUAUUGAUGUCAAACACAAACAGGUGUCUCCCCCUAGUGGUAGAAUGCAGAUUAAAUGAUUUAUUCUGUGAAAAAUUUGUGUAUAAGUGUAGGCACGUGUUUACGUAAGUAAACAUGUGUUCAGUGUGUUAUUUUGUGUAAAUUAUCCACAUGAAUUAGUACAGAACUUCUGCUGGAUCAAACCUGUUUCAAUAAAAUCUGCUGUUUGUGGUUUCAUCACC